AUGUUUUCAAAACAAGGUGCUACUCGUUUGUUGGUGCUCCAUCUUCAGAACAAGGCACAAAGAAAGAGCUUGCCAAUGAUUUUUCGUCAUCAUGAUCACACCAUCAGCCGAUACUAUCAUUUGAAUCAUGGACUGUUCUCAUCAUCCGAUUCGCAUAGUCCUCCUUCAUCAUCCAAUGACGCAUCAUCACACUCAACAACUACCCGAUCAGGCUCAGCUCGGAAGAAACGUUUCAUCUCCAUGGUGAGUUCCGAAGAGGAAUCCAAUACAGUACUCAAUUCCUCUACUCCAUCAGUAGAAACCACAACAAGCACAUCAGCAGAAACAGUAAGCUCAUCCAGAAAAACAAUCUCUACAAGGUCGUCUAAAACACAGACCUCUGCAACAACAGAGAAUAAUUUACACGCACCUGCUACAAGAAAUGGAGUGUUCCGAUAUGCCAUUCCUUGGCAAGAUGCUGAUUAUUAUAAUGAACAAAAAUUGGAGAAUGAGAUGAGAAGAAUUUUCGAACUUUGUCAUGGGUGUAGACGAUGUUUUAACUUGUGUGAUUCUUUUCCAACUCUUUUUGAAUUAAUUGACCAAGUUGAAGAAUUGGAGAAAGUUCCUUCGAGUGAAUUUAAAAAAGUUGUGGAUAAGUGUACAUUGUGUGACUUGUGUUAUAAUAACAAGUGUCCCUAUGUGCCUCCUCAUGAGUUCAAUAUUGAUUUUCCUCAUCUCUUACUUCGUUAUAGAGCUGUUGAACAACGAAAAAAGAAUGAAAAGCAUGUUACUGCACAACCACCAAUUCAACUCAAGGAGACUGUAGGCUUUUUAAAUCAAGGAGUGCCACAGAAGAAAGAAUUUGAAGCUCCUGUCCAUGAGGGCAUUGAUCGAACAUUGACUCUUAAAAAAGAGAGUGAAUUUUCUCAACAACUAUUGACUCAUUUAGAUCGAAAUGGAACAAUUUUGACAAGAUUACCUACUUUUAUUACAAACUUGAUGAUGAAUAAUUCAAUAGUAAGGUGGUUCCUUGAUACGAUAGGACUCAUCCACAAAAAUGCAUAUUUACCAUCUUUCACGUUUGGAACUCUUAUGGAAAGGUUAAAGAAGAAAAGAAAAUCCGUUGAGACAACACUCAUUGAAAAAACCAGUGUUGUGACUGCAGAUGAAAAGGUCAUUCUAUACACAACAUGUUUGGGUAACUAUAACAAACCAGAACUUGUAGACACAGCCAAAUAUGUUCUAAACAGAAACGGUGUGGAAGUUGUGGUCGAUUACAAACAGUGUUGUGGAAUGCCUUUCUUCGAACAAGGCGAUUUAGCCUCUGUCAGCCAUGCAGCUGAGACUGUUUCCGAAUAUUUAGUCUCAAAUUAUAUUAGUAAGGGUUACAAGGUUGUCACGGUCGUACCCAGCUGCUCGCUCAUGCUAAAGGCAGAGUGGGCAAAUAUUUUACCGAACAAUGAAAAUGUACAACUUGUAAAAAAGAACACCAUGGAUGUUAGUGAAUUUGUUGUAUAUUUGGCCAAAAAGAAUGGAGGUCAACUACCAACACAAGAUCAAAUUCAAUCUGUACCAUACAGUGUUACAUUGCAUCAUGCUUGUCACGCUCGUGCACAAAAUAUGGGAAAUAAGGGACAUGAAAUGUUGAAAUUCAUUCCAGGCAUCAAUGUCAAUGUUAUCCAAAAAUGUAGUGGACACGGUGGAAGUUUUGGAACAAAGAAAGAAUAUUUUGAUACAGCUGUCAAGUAUGGCAAGCCUGUAGCAAAGAAAAUAUUGCAAGAUUCAGAGAAAAGCAACGAACAUAUUGUUGCCAGCGAGUGUCCUUUAGCGGCAGAACAUUUGAGCCAAGUCGCAUCCAUGUCUAAGGAGGAAAAGGAAGGGCUUGUCACAACCAUUUCUUCGAAUGAGAAAGGGGAUUUACAUCACAUUGCGAACAAGCAUCCCAUCGAAAUACUUGCCCAGGCCUACGGAUUUGUUCGAAAGUAA